UCAUCUUUUUUCCCAAAUAGAAUUACUUCUGUUUCAUCUGUGUUCAGCUGAAGAAAAUGUUGUGACAUCCAGUUGUUGAUUUGGUCGAUACACUGGUAGAGACAUUCAAGGGGGGCAUAAUCAUUAGGUGAUAGAGCAAAAUAAAUUUGGGUGUCAUCUGCAUAGCAGUGAUACAAAAUUGAGUUAUUCUUGAUAAUUUGUCCAAGUGGGACCAUAUAAAGGUUGAAUAGUAAUGGUCCAAGGAUCGGCCCCUGGGGGACACCACAGGUCAAGGACAUUGAUGUUGAGGUACAAUUCCCCAUGGUAACAAAGAAGCUUCUAUCUUUUAAGUAUGAUUUUAACCAAUUGAUAACUUUACCAGUCAACCCAACCCAGUGUUCAAGUCGAAGAAUGAAGAUGGAUGGCAUGACCAUGAUGUGUGAAAUUGCAGUUCAGAGACGAAGUGCGUUAAUGUUACAGAAUGAAAGUUUGGCGGUCUCUGACCUCAGUGAUGAGGCAGCUGCAGUGGGGAAAAAGCUGGCCUUAUGGCGUGAGGUUUGGGUUCUAAUGGACCGCAAUCUCCUACCAGAGUGGAACGAUUCACACAAAUUUUAAUAUGAAUCUAGUCCUUCCUGUCCCUCUACAACCAAACACUCCAGUCAUGCAUAACACGCAUGAUCUCAUCCAUUAAUACAGUAUUAAUCUAUACAGAUAUAAAUGUACGUCAGGUACAAAUCAGAGGACUAGGCUUUCCACAUAUACAUAACAACCAGUUGGAUUAAAAACAACAGCAGCAACCUUUCCUGGACUCCAGAUUACACACAGGCGCAUUGCUUGCUUCAAAAAUAUCCAAACAUACAGUAUACAACCAUUUGAAUGUAUGAACUUGCAUGCAAGCCUAACUUGAAUAGUACUUUAUCACUCACUGAAUUGUUGAGUUUGAAUGUCUUUCAGCAGCACAGUAUAUGUUUACUUUCUGGGUGUUUUGAUAUUGGUUUUGUUGGAUCUUGCUGUUGGAUUUCCUAAUGUUGUUCCAUUUACAGUUAAAGACUGCAAAGAAAAAGCAACACCUUGCUCUUCUGUCAAGCAGAACAUGCUUAGUAAACUCUAGUACAAGACAUAAUUCUGAAAAAGUAAAUCGUUUGUAAUAUUAAUGAAGCUGUAGAAGUUAUCUGGCAUAACAACCAAAACAACCCAAAACUGUCUGGGAUAUCCAUCCAUUAUCUGUAGCCGCUUAUCCUGUGUAGGGUCGCAGGCAAGCUAGGCGAGAGGCGGGGUACAACCUGGACAAGUCGCCAGGUCAUCGCAGGGCUGACACAUAGAGACAAACAACCAUCCACACUCACAUUCACCUACGGUCAAUUUAGAGCCACCAAUUAGCCUAACCUGCAUGUCUUUGGACUGUGGGGGAAACCGGAGCACCCGGAGGAAACCCACACAGACACGAGGAGAACAUGCAAGCUCCGCACAGAAAGGCCUUUGUCGGCCACUGGGCUCAAACCCAGAACCUUCUUGCUGUGAGGUGACAGUGCUAACCACUACACCAUUGUUCCGGCCUGUCUUGGACAAUGUAGUCUGAAUACUUUAGGCACUAUACACGCGCUCUCAUCCACUGGGUUUUUAAUGACGAAGCACUACAUGGUUAUCAUGCCAUGGAUUUCCCUCUUGGCUGCUGUUUUUUACAUUUUACUGUGUUAGUUAUUUGCAGAAAUAUCAGAAAAAAUGGCACAUUGUGGCUAAUUUAGAUGAUGAUUAACUAUGCUAUCCAUAUCCAGUUUACAAUGAGCUUAUAAUAUGUAGGAUAGUUUAUGUUUAAAAAAUAUUUGAAUGUUAAAGCCGAAUGUGUUAGAUUAGAAUCAGUUUGUUAAAAGUACUGUAGCAGAACCUUUCUGUUUCCUAUAUCUAUGGUCGUUUUAUUUUGGUGGAAUCAUUAUGUUAUGUAUUUUGUCCAAUAUAAUUGAUCAAGCUAAGCUGAGCAUCAACAUUAGCCUGAGACUGGGCAGCCUAAAAGCUUUGUUGCCAUAGCUACUGAGUGGGGUGUAAUAUUAGCCUCGUUUAUGGACCAGAAAUUGAGGAAAUUUCGCCAGAUUUGCCUAAAUAAGCUGGCUUAUCAAGAUAACUUGCUUUGUGGAAAUAUUUCCUUGAUGUUGAAAUGUGUGUGUAUGUGUGUAGUAGACAAUGACCUUCAAGGAACUGAUGGUUCAGGGGCUCUUGGAGGGCCUGACGUUCGCCGCCGGAUCCCCAUCAAGUUACUGUCCAAACAGACUCUCAGAAGCAAGCCUCCUGCCCGGCCCCAGCGGCCCACCGCCAGACUGCCGUCCAAUGGACAGAGUGAUGAAGAAACAUUUCCCUGUAAGCAGGAGGAGAGGUUUGAGUGCAAAGCUGGAGAUGCUUUUGGGAAACAGCGGAGAUUCCCCCACCCGUUAUUCUGGGAUUUUAAGCUCAACCUGGUUGGAGAGAAAGAUGACACUCCAGUGCACUUCUGUGACAAAUGUGGCCUGCCCAUAAAGAUCUAUGGACGAAUGAUUCCCUGUAAACACGUGUUCUGCUAUGACUGUGCAGUUCUCUAUGAGAAGAAAAGUGAUAAGACCUGUCCAGGUUUGCCCCUGUAUAGCUGCACCGAGCCAGUCCAGCGCAUCGAGCAGUGCCAGCGCGGAUCCCUAUACAUGUGCAGCAUCCUGCAGGGUUGCAAGCGUACCUACCUCUCUCAGCGGGACCUACAGGCCCACAUCAACCACCGGCACAUGAGAGCGGGCAAACCUGGAGCAUCGCGGGCCGAGCCUACUCACCCGACCCCAGCUCUGACUCCGACCCUGACCUCAGACCCACCAGACCGUUUCCGCCUGCCCCCGCCCCCUCACUUGUCCAAGUCCCACCCCUUGAUCCCACCGUCUCUGCAAGGUCAUGACCCCUAUGGCCAGCCGCCCCCUGCAUCUCCCUCUGACUUAGGGCCCUCGUCCCGAGCCCUGCCACCAGAGACCUUCCGCAUAGCCACUGUGACCACGCGCAAACACAGCAACCUCAUCACCGUGCCCAUCCAGGAUGACUCGGGCAACUCCAUUCCCUCUCCACGUGAACCCCUCCCGCAGACUCCCACAGGUCUGCCACCUCAUCACCACCCAGGCCAGGCGGUGGUGUCCCACCCUCACCACAUCAUGCCUCCACCUCAGCAGCAACAUUAUGGGCCUCCACCUCCACCACCACCCCCACUCAGCCACCCCAUGCAGGCCACAGGGGCCCCUCACUUGAUCUACAACCAGGCACCUCCAAUAUCCACUGCACCUCCUCCCAUCACCCCUCCACCCGGACAUAUCAUAAACCAGAUGCCCCCAUUCCUGAACCACCCCCUGUCUGCUGCUCUCCCUCAGCACGGUGCCCCGCCUGUUAGUGCUCCACCACCUCAUCACUUUAACCCUAACUCUCUGCCCCAGGACCAGGGCACCCUGAGCCCGCCCUUUAACCAGCCGGGAGCCCUGAGCCCAGGCUUAUGGCCUGCACCACGUGUCCCUCACCCUCCUCGCAUACAGGGGCCUCCUCAGGGCCAGAUGCCUGGGCCACACCACCCAGAACAGGCCCGAUAUAGACCAUACUAUCAAUAGCACCUGGCUGGUAACUAUUAUAUCAAACUGUUUGAACAUUAACCAGAUCAUCAUGAAGUGAAGUAAUUUGAAGUUAACUGGUUGAACUGUGCAUACACUCUGUGAUGAUGACAUUCACGUGAUGUUUUGUAUUCUUGUUAGGUAUUUAAUGGUUUAACCGAUUUGGAAUCAAGUACAUGUUAUCGUAUGGUUGAUGGCUGAAAAAAUACACACAAUGAAGUGGUGCAGUCAGAAGCCAUCUUUGUUUGAACGCUUUUCAUAACAUGACAACACUUUAAUCUUGUACCCAUUGACUGCAAUAAAUGACACAAACAAAUGAAA